AUGUCGACCCUACUACGGAAGGUCAAAUCGACCAUUGGACAGGCGACAGACUCGAGGUGGGAUGAAACAAUCAACAGACCUGCGACCAGAAAUCGAUUACACAGAGCUCAACACCGUGCUUCCGAACGGCCUUCUCAAAAUAGCAUUGUUACCGUGAACCAGGUCCAACCCGAGCAUCCUCUUAACGAAUUUCGGAGACGACUUGCCCGGAAGGCUUCGACGUUUAGUCUACGUGCGAAGCGGUGGAGGGCUGAAUAUCACACUCAAGAUCAAGAGGAGGCAGUCAAGCAGGAGGACAAAGAAGACGGGGAGACGUUCGCCAGUAGCCGGGAAACUGUUGUCGGGAUCAGAAACGAGACAGUCAACACCACCCCACAAGCGGAGGGUCGAACAACAACCGAUCGUGACACGCAGACAAUUUCCUCUGAAACGAUACUCAAGCCUGAAACAGACGAAGAUACCGUCGAAGACACCGCCGAAGACUUCUCAUUGCCUUUUGCGUACACGAAGUCCUCAGUCUCGAGAGAUCCUGUGCUAGAACACAUCCGAGAACAACAGGAGAAGUACUUGUGUAAGGACGAAGCAGACGGCAAGACCUGUGUCAAGAUGGCUUCGGAACAAGCGGCACCACCUGUCCCUUACACUCGGCUGAAGGAGAUCACAGAGAACGCCUGCGAGGCUGCUCUCUCCGGAGUCACUUCAUAUUCCCAUCCCGACACCGAGUCCUGGAACACCACCAUCAUCAACAGCAUCCUAGGCGCCCUGGUUGAUGAGACUGGCAAACUAGCCGGAGGGGCCCCUACUCAACCACAGUUCAAGUACGUCGUCAACAGCACCAUCAUUCAACACGCCUCGAGUUCAUCGGACGACGCCAAGAAAGCAAAGGGUCGCCGAGGCAUGCACGCCGCCAGCGGAGCGUACUGGAACAAUGAAAAGGACGGCAUGUGGAGCUACAAGUAUCCCGGCGCGGAAAGCAAAGGUCUGGACGUGGUGAUUGGAAUCAUCUGGAUCUGGGUUGGUUAGAAGCCGGACUCAAGGCACGAGGACUAUUUUGGAGAAUGGGACUUGCAGGGUAAAGCAAAGGGUGUCAAUGAAGAAGAGCCAUGGUCGAGCGAUGGUUCAGCACGGUCAUGAGGGUAGCAGGACACCUUGCCGUGCGAGCGGUCUUUUGGGCUAAUGGGCCUGGACACGGAAAAGUUAUCCAAGAGCUGCUUCGAUCAAGGGGCCCAUGCAUGAGACAGGACAUAUCGAGGCUACUGGGGUGACAUUCAUAGUGAGUAAGAAGCCAUUCGGACUACUGGCUAGUAUGCAAAAGUUACUGAGUAAGCUAUCUCCCAACAUGCAUGCAGCCGAGGGCGGUCUAAGGGUAGCGAGUGGUAAGCGAGAGACAGUGAAUAGUCUAAAUCAAGGUAAUGACAGCCUUGCCAAUGUCAAAACAAGAUGACGCCCUGC